AUGGCUGACGUUCCUCCUCCUACCUCAUCCGAACUUCUGAGAAUGGUGACUGAGCUUCAACAAGCAAACCAACGGAUGGCGGAGGAGAAUCAAAGGAUGCAAAAUCAAAUCGCGCAACUGAUUAAUGCCCGAAUAGAGCACAAUAAUGAUCAUCAUGAGCGACAAGAAAAUGACGAGCGUCAGUCGAACCCAACUCAUGUCUCGGAGACACCUCAGAGUAACGAGGAAGGAGGCCUCCACAAUGAGGAAGGUCAACCCGAGGCUGAAGAAGAUGAACACGACACCUCUGCUGGCCCAUUCACGGCCGACAUAAUGAAUUUCCAACUGCCUAGGCAGUUUACCUUGCCGACGACUUUAACCCCAUACGACGGGCUAGGAGACCCAAAGCAACACAUUAAAAAAUUUCGAUCUAUUAUGAUCGUUAAUGAUUCCAUAUCGUCCUUCCAGGAGUUAGCGAAGCAGUUCGAGGAUUAUUUUGCGGCAUCAACAAUAUAUUUGCAUGAUUCUGACUAUUUGACGACCAUCAAGCAAGGUCCACAGGAGAGCCUGAAAGAUUACAUUACCUGUUUCACAAAGGUUGCCAUGAGGAUCCCCGAUCUCCAUCCGGAAGUUCAUCUCCAUGCCAUUAAAAACGGCCUUUGCCCAGGUAAAUUUCAGGAAACAAUCGUCGUCACCAAGCCCAAAAUUUUGGCCGAGUUUCGUGAAAAGGCCAAGGGACAGAUUGACGUUGAGGAGCUCCGACAAGCACGAAAAGCAGAAAGGUUGGUUACAAGCAAAGACGAUGAUAAACCUCAGGAUAGCAAGAAAACAUUUAAGCCGGUACCCCGUUAUGAGUCAUAUACUCAAUUCAAUACAAAGAUGGAUGACAUUAUCAAGAAGAUACUCAAUUAUAAGCUAAUCAAACCUCCUCGCAAAGCUGGCAACUACCCAGAGUCAAAGAACAUUGACAAAUUAAAGUAUUGCACCUUUCAUCAGAAACACGGACAUACAACUGACGAAUGUGUGAUUGCUAAGGACCUCCUCGAACGACUAGCAAGGCAAGGCCACCUUGACAACUUUAUUGCAGGACAUAUGCAGAAGAACACUAUGCCCGCCCCUGAUGCAUCAACACCAGGAACGUCCUCAAAAGGGAAAGAAAAAGCUCCAGCUCAACCUAGAGGAGUAAUAAACUGUAUCUCGGGAGGUUACGCCGGAGGCGGACACACAAGCUCGGCCUGA